AUGUCUAGAUCUGAAGUCAAGGAGGAAUAUAACCUGCAAGAGGCGUGGGACCGGGUGUGCGCGUCGUUCGCACACACAACCAAAGUUGACCUCACCGUAACGCCCAAAUACACAGUUGAUGAGGUGCUCGACCAGAUUCAAACAAAUCAAGAUGAGGAUGAUGAGCGAAACAACAAAUACAAAGUCGCGAAAGACGUGAUCGGCAAGACAUUAACCUUUAUCACGGUCCUCGGGGGCAUAGCUGCUCAGGGUGCUAGCAUGGUUUUUGCCCCCAGUAACUUGUGUUUCAAUGCGAUUUCUUAUCUUAUUAGUACUGGAGCCAAGUACAAGCGCAUCUUCAGCAGUCUGGCAGAGCUAUUCCGGCGCAUUUCGGAUGUACUUGAGCGCUGCAAAAUCUACAUGCGCCUGCCCCCAGACGCGGUCGAUAUCUCUCUCAGGAAGAUCAUCAACGAGGAAUUGGUAUGCUUCGUCGACAUCUGUGCACUGUCCAUCAAAGUUCUCAAAGGUCAUAAAAUCUUCACCGCGCUCAAAGUCUUUGCCUUCGACAGCGACGAAGGCGUCAGCGGCCAGCUGAGUCGCUUGGCUACCCUUGUUGACCGCGAAUCUCAAAUGCGAGGAACGCUGGGAUUCAAGUCACAAAAGAUCAGCGAGAAGUUGAUUAUCGAGAAUCGAGAUGGCACUAGGAAAAUCAGCGCAUCUGUGGAUAGUCUUAUCAACUUUGAGAAGAAAAGAGACGUGGAUAGUGCCGCCAAAAGGAUUCUGAAGAACAUCGAUUCUAAUCUUCAUACUCCCAGUGAGAGCUACAAGCUUCAUGGGUUUCCACUCAGGACUCAUCCUUCUCUAUAUUCGGAAUCUCUGGAGCCGAAGGAUAUGGCAAGUCAUUCCUUUUUCGCCACCAUCGUUAAGGACUUGCAAGAGAAAUAUGCCCACUCUACCGAGGAUCUGACGUGCACCUCCACUGCCUACUACAUGUUUGAUCACGAGCAGAAUGAUGCAUCUCUGACCAAAGCUCUGAAAGUGCUUGCAUGGCAGAUUGCCAACACCGAUAUCGUUUAUCGCAAGGACCUGACUUCUGUUCAGCUAUCGGGUGUGAAUCAGAUAGAGAGCCUCUGGGAACUUCUAUUUACAAAGUCUUACAAGAGCGACUCAAGGUUCUUCUUCCUCUUCGACGGCGUUGACAAGAUGGAUAAGGCCCAUCUCAAAGAUUUCAUCCAACUUCUGGCAAAGUUACAGGCAGUAUCUGAGACCUGGCCACGCUUCAAGCUCCGUAUUCUGCUUUCUGGGCGGGAUGAUACCAUAGGAAAUAUCAAAAGGCAAAUCGGGGAUGGAAUUUCCGUUGUUGACGUGGCUUCGAGAAACACUGAUGACUUACGAAACUUCAUUACCGAUCGCAUGAACAAGAUGGACAUUCUCAGUGGUUCAUCACAUCAAAUUCUUCAUCUGCGACAGGAGAUCUUACAGGCUCUCAUGACCCAAACGCAUGGCGAUUUUGUUAAUGUUGGUCUGAUCUUGCAUGAAAUCAGUGGAAAGCAGCGCCCGGGCGAGAUUCGGGAUAUUUUGUCUCGAUCAGGAGGGAACCGAUCUGACACGAUCGUGAGGAAAAUGGAGCUCUUGAACGAAACAUUAAGUGACGAUGAUAUCUCUGACCUUAAUAGUCUCCUCGCCUGGGUCGUGCUUGCCAAAUGCAUACUCAGCCUUCAAGAGUUAGAGGCAGUCCUUUUCCUUAAAGCUCGGGAGCCUUCUCUUCGACCGCUAGCAGAGAAGAUCACGAAUCAGUACUCCUCGCUGCUUCAGGUCUAUGGUGAACCACAUCCUAUCACCAGAGUCACCCCGCCAACUUCAAACGUGAUGCUUGUCUCUGAAUCUAUCGAGGAAUUUCUGCGAACGCAGCCUCAACCAGGCGAGUCUGAAGAUGUCCAGGACCUGAUCCAAUCUGGCGACGUCAAUGAGAUUGAGGUCAGGAUUGUCCGGCGAUUUUUGGAGUCUGUAUGCGACCCUAAGUUGUUCAAUAAAUUCGGCUUUCAUGAAUUUUUCCAACGAAAGCUCAAGGGGAAAACUGUUCGCGUUGGAUUUGAUAUUGAAACAGCGAAUCUGAGAAUAUUGGCAGAUUGCUUAGAGGUCAUCUGCUCAAGGGAGACGCCAGAGCUAGCUCCAUUGCUCGAUUAUGCAGUCACCUACUUUGCUGAACAUCUCAAGGAAGCCGAUCCUUCACUGACACAGCCACAAGUCAAAACAGCCCUUGGUACUCGGCUAGUGGAGAUAUUUGCAGACGAAGCUGCUAUUGCGCAAUGGUGGACCACAGAAAACACCUGGCUUCGAUCAAUGUGGAUCUAUGAGGAUGGAUUAACCGAUGUCGUGUUGAGAUGGCUUCAAGACUCUGCCGUCACGAAGAACCUCUCAAAUGAGCAAAGCAAGUGGGUGCGAAGUCUGAGUUCCAAAUCGGAGCCUGACGCAGAUCUUCUCGAACACAUCGUCCGGUUCUUGGGGCGCAGAUGGUUACAAGAAGGCCCAGAAGGCAUCCUCUACCAUUUCGCCACGAUACAUGGGUAUCUCACAAAGAUUGCAAAUCGUAAAGAUUCGAGUGUCAAGAGAUUCACAGCCACUCCACGGAAGGAAACUAUUGAAGCCUCUCAGAUCUUCGAUGCUGCACAAUGGGUACAGCGCCAGAUCGGAUUGGAUGAAUUGGGCUAUGAAGAGACCCGCAACUUGGCACGCACCCUCCGAGAUCUUGGCAAGUACCCCGAAGCCAUUAGGCAAUUCAAGUUGGCAUCCUCACUCCAGAGCGACAACUGGAUUUCGCAAUGGGGGCUAGCAGACUGCUUUGCCUCCCAAAAGGAUUACAUGACGGCGAUCGAGAUCUUGGAGGCCGCGAAGAAGUCUUACGAGUCUGAUGAGACAGCAGAGGGUGAAGAGGCGAAAGUAGACCUCAUAAACAUAUCCCGCGACCUCGCCGAAUGGAACAAAGAGGCGGGUAAUGCAGAUCAGACGUUCUCAAUUUACAAGAACAUUCUGCAAGAAAAUCCAGAUGAUUACGAAGCGGCGCUUUCAAUUAUGAUGCUUCAUUACGAGAACAAUGACUACCAGGGUCUGCUUGAAUUCCUACAAUCGCGCCAGGAUUCGACGAACGAAACAACGGGACUGGAUCAUCGCACAGAAGCGUUCCACGCCCACUACAACAACGAGAAAUACCAUGAAGCUAUCUUCGCGCUAGCUUAUAAGACAGAUAACUUUGAUAUCAUUCUGGAUAGCUAUAAGGUAGCUGUGGAUGAGGCAAAGAAGCGAUAUACCAAAGGUAGACAGACUGGGGACCUCGUUGAGGAGGAGUUUGGCCGUGUCUGCCAGGCCUUACUCAUGCACAGGGCUGCGCUUCUGUGCUACAACCACACUUCCAACACCGUGGAGCAUAGAGAGUUUGCUAUCGACCAAUGGAUACUAAUUCUGCAGAUGGACGAACCCAGCGCAUCGUAUCUUCCAAUCGUGAAGAAGCUAGUACGCAAGAAAAUGGCGAUUGUUUGUUUUCAAGAAGCUCGGCGAGAUAUCGCCACUGCUGGGCUAUAUUUACAACAUCUGGAGGAGAUGGCGUCUUUGUCGAUUCGAGGCUGUUGGGAAGAGGAUUUCGAUGAGACGUAUCCAAUGCGGCUUAUUUCCCGAUGGUACGCAUUGCAAGGCGACGAGCAGAAGGCCAAGGAUACUUUGCGGGCUCCUAUCAAGGUGUAUCUUGAUCUUCUUUCAGACGAUGAUCCGCUCAAUGACUGGCAGGGCUAUCAUGGGUUGGCAAUGCAUCUGAUGUUUGCGGGUCAGGAUGCCGACUCCCUCGCCGCGUGGUCUUUGAUUACUCCACGCGAUCACCUCGAGACUGAGAAUAGUUCCUCGGAAGCGAAGGGCAAAGCGACGGAGCUUCGGGGGCCAAUGAAUGACAUAUGUGAUGGGCGUUGUGGGACGAGUUGGACGUUCGCCAACGACAUCUACGUUUGUAGGGACUGCGACUAUGUUGAGUUUGACGAAGGCUGCUUGAAAAAGCUCCGAGAAGGAACCUUGGGCUCUGAAGAAAUAUGUGGGAAGGACCACGAGAUGCUACACGUCCCAGCAUAUGACGCAGCCGACCGCGAGAAAAUCGGUAUUGGGAAUGUGAAGGUUGGGGAACACAUUCUUUCGGUUGAAGAGUGGCUUCAGCGGCUUAGGAGAGACUGGAAGAUCAAGCUAGCAUAA